UGAUUAUAAACCAAGGGUACUACAAAACCAGCUGUCUUGCUGAGCAGAUCGAUCAGAAAGAAUGGCCGAGACUGGGAAGGUUACUGAUUCCGGCAAAGGCGAUUGCUGCAGUAGGUCUGUAUCGGGAAGCAAAAACAUCAAAGUUGAGUAUACGCUUUGCAGUAUUGACAGCCCAAACAAGUCUACAACUGAUGAAAUGGAGUGCCCCAGCGCUGGCGAGGCGUUCUGCGAGUGUGGACAAGGAUGGAGUUGUGCCAUCACCAGAACUGAAGGCCCUGAUAGUGGCAAGGCCUUCUUCAAAUGCGGUGAAGGCUGCUGCACCUGCACGGCGGGUGCUAGUUGUCCAGUCAAGUUAGCCACGUGUCCCGGUGUAGGUGAGGUGUUGUGCAAGUGUGGAGAAGGAUGGACUAUUGUCGUCACCAGGACUGAGGGACCAGCUGAUAGUGCCAAUUCUUUCUUCAAAUGUGAAGAAGGCUGCAUGUGCGUCGCACAAGCUUGUUGAUCAAUAUUCUCUAUGUAUCUAUCUAUCUAUCUAUCCAUCUCCAUGUGUAAUGUAAAAUAAUAAUGCAGGAUAGGCAUGGUUCAAGAGCCUAAAGGAGCAAUUUUAAAGGUCAUAUAUGCUUUCUUUUGUCCCUUUCCCCUUAUUUACUUUAUCUUUUUGGUGAUGAACAAGUAUAUGUGUGGUAUUUUUGUGGAAUUAAUGAAGGCCCGACUUGUAAUAUGUCUUAAUUAUA